AUGGCUAACAUCGUUAGCUGCCGGAAGAAGUCACGAAGUGGUUUAGUUGAAGAGGAUGAAGUAGAAAUUAGCAGAAAAGAAGAUAAGAUCAGCUCAUUACCUGAGUCCUUGCAAUGUCACAUACUUAGCUUUCUUACGACUCAAGAAGCUGUUCGUACAAGUGUUUUGUCCUCUACAUGGAGAUAUCUCUGGAAGUGGGUUCCCACAUUAGAAUUGGAGAGCUCUAAUUUCCCAAAUGACGAAGCCUGUGUGGCUUUCAUCGACAAGUUUCUGAAUUUCCAGAGCUUGCGUGAAUUCAGUUUACACAUUGAUGAAUACUCAAAAAUCGAUGCCUCUCUUUAUGAGCCGUGUCUCGGUAAACUGAUCAAGCGCAAGAUUCAUCGUUUCAGCGUCGAUUGUUAUCGGGAUAUUAAGAUACCCAUAACACUCCCUCCGUGGGAGGCAUUGGUAUGGUUAGGUCUUUAUUUCGUAAGGCUGAAUGAUUUCGAGUCUCUUUACUUACCCUGUCUCAAGACAAUGUUCUUAGAAGAGGUUAUCUUUCCUAGCGACAUUAGCUCUUGUAUUCUUGAUACUCCGAGGCUUGAGUAUCUGAGUCUCAAAGAUAGCAAUUUCAAAAGCCUCGAGAUAAUCAGAAUCAGUGACUCUUUCAAGGUCGAUAUUGAGGUCGACUUUGAUCUGACGUAUAUUGACUUAUUAUCGGAUAGCAAGAUCAUCUAUAAUCUUCUCAACAAUUUUUCAGACGCUAGAGAGAUGACUCUCUCAUGGACUCUUGAGGGGUUGUCUGAGGAUGAUUAUCCAGAUAGAGUGCCAACUAGUCUUUCGAAUGUGCUGUCUUAUUGUUUGGUAUCUUCCCUUGAAUAUGUUGAAUUCGAAAACUUGAUGAUCAAGGACAAAGCAACAUUACGGAAACUGGUUAGAUAUUUUCUAGGCAACGCGACAUCACUCAAAAAGCUUGUUCUACGUUUCAAUGUUUCCUAUGGAAAGAAGCCACAUCCACAGCCAGAAGAUCCUGAUUUCUUGAAACAAUACUUUGACUGUGAGAGACGCUCUCAUUUGUGUCAAUUUGAUGUCUUUUCUCAGUAG